AUGCAACCAUCAUUAUUCGAAAGUAGUGGCAAAGAUUUUAAUCCUUAUGAUGUACUUGGUUUGAAAAAAUCAGCCACUGAUAAAGAAAUUCGUACAGCCUAUAAAGAAUUAGCAAGACAUUGGCAUCCGGAUAAGAAUAGUGAGUCAAAUGCACAUGAUCAAUUCACAAAGAUAAAUGCUGCCUAUGAGAUAUUGAGUGAUUCUAACAAAAAAUCAAACUAUGAUCAAUAUGGCACAACAUCUGAAGAUGAUUCAAAUCGUGGUGCUUAUGGAUUUCGUGAUCCAUAUGAUAUGUUUCGUUCACAAUUUGGCGAUUUUUAUACGUUCAAUGAUUUUCCUCAUGGUUCGAAGAAAACAAUCAAUGCUCGAGAACUAGUCAAUGAUAUUUUACCAAAUAGUCAUAUAAAACCGUAUAUUUUAUUUGGUAGUACUAAUUUUUGUAUACGAUGUCAACAACCAGCUUCAGUAUUUCGGUCAAUGGAAAAACAAUUCAACGAUCUUCAUACAAUCGAUGAUAUUUACGGUUACAUUUCUACCUGCAAUCAAACAAAUCAAGUUCAUACAAUUUUAUUAACAAGACACAAAUUUCCAACUUUGAAAUAUGUAACUCCAUGCUUACAAUAUUCUCAAAGAAUACAAUGUGCUGUUUUCAAUCGGUCUUUAAUAACCGAAAACUUUGUUAGAAAAUUACCUUUCAUGAAACAAUUGCUUACUUUUGAAACUGUUCUAUUGUUUAAAGACGAAAAUAGUGAACCAGUAUCAACAUUAAAAGAUAACGAAUUAACAUAUUCAAAUGUGAAAAAGAUAUUUGAUAAUGAUCAAUUAUUAUAUUUACCAACUGUAACAUCAUCAAAUAUUUUUAAUUUAGUUUGUCAAAAAAAUUCGGCUAAGCCAUGUUUUCUUAUCGUUGGUGAACACAAUUCUUUUAAUCAAUUUCGUCCCUAUUUAAUAUCACUAGCUAAACAUAUAUAUCUUCAACAUGAUUGUCAUCUAUCAUUCAUUGAUCAAAAUACACAACCAGCAUUUGCAAAAGUCCUAUUAAACCAUGAUCACAUUAGCAAUGAAAAAUUAACGAUUUUUGUUAUUCGUCGUUGGUUUGAUAAUACAAUUGAAAUUGUAAAUACAAAUAUUCUAUUUGAUCAUACAACAUUGACAAAAUUACAAAAGAAUAAUAAAAUAUUGUUAGAUAUUGAAACAAAUUUAAAAUUAUAUUUGAAUGACAAAUGGAAUAAUGUUAGAAAGAGUAUAUUACCAUCGAUAUAUGAUAUAGCUAAAAAUGAGAAUAUUUUGAAAUUAAUUAUGGAUACUAUUGAUUCUAAAUGGAAUUAUUGGGUGGAAAGAAAUGCAUUUAUAAGAUCAAUUUCGGAUUUUAUAUUCACCUAUCAAUUUUGGGCAUUUAUAAUCAUUAUUGUAGCAACAAUAUGGUAUUCUAGACAAGAUAAUAAGGAUUCUACUCAACAAACUCGAUCUGAUCAUCUUAACACAACAAAACAACAACAAAAUCGUAGAAAUAUAAAAUCAGAAAGUGAAAUCAAACAUCAAGAAAAUCAGAAGUCAUCAUUAACACCGGAUGAAAUAAAAACGAUAAAUUCGUCUGUUCAAUCGACAAUUCAUGUUAAAGAAUUUGAUGAACAAUUUCUUCAACGAUAUUUGAGUCCAACAUCGUUCAAUGUUAUUAUUGUAUUGUUAAUAUGUGAAAAGCCAGAUGAUUUGUGUAUUAAAUAUUUUCUUAAACAAUCAUUCAAAAUAAAUGAUUCAAGAUUGGUCUACGCCAUUCUUUAUCGAUCUCAUUCAUCAAUUUGGCUUGAUCAACUGCGAGAAAAUAUUAAAGAUAGUAAUUCUCGUAAGAUAAUGACAUUUCCUCAAUCAACUGUGAUCGCUUUGUAUUUACGUCGCAACUAUUUUGUACCGUAUAGUGAAAAAAGAAAUUCUUUAAAAGUUGAUAACAUUGACGAGAGUCAAGGUGCAUUCUUAGGUUUUGAUGAUGAUGAUGAUGAUGAAGAUGACGAAAAAUUGCGUACAUCAUCUUCAUCAUCCUCAAGUUCAUCUUUUGAACAUCCAUUUACAGAUUUUCUUUUAUUGUUACUUGAUGGAAUAAUACGAUCUCCAGUAGAUAUUACAGAAUGGCCACUGAAAUUUAAAAACUAA